AGUAACACUAUUUCAAUGAUAACUUUUUUUUUAAAUUAUGGAAGUAGUAAAGUGAAUGAGCGUUUAUUCGUUUUAUCAUCAACACUGUUUAUGAAUGAAUUAAAUAAAAUCUCUUCAGAAUUGUUUCCAACGAAGUUUAUUAGAACAGACAUGAAAAUUAAAAUUUUGUCUUUAAGACGCAACGCCAUCUUGAUGAUUCUAGUGGCAGUGAACGUCGUCUGCCUUUUGACCAUUUCUUACUUUCAAGUUGCAAGAGCGCCGGGAAAAGGAGGUAAAGAUGUUGAGUAUCAGACGACCGUAGAGCCAACACCGGUUAACAAAAUUCUAAAAAUAAAGCAGGAUUUAAACGUGUCUCAUCUUCCAGAUGAUGCGAACCAUCUAGCAGAAGUGAAUUUAGUUUUGUUUGACCCUCAACUCUGCUUAAGAGGCGGUAAUAUCCUAGACAUCAUCUUUAUAGUGCACACCGCUCCAGAAAAUCUCCACAAGCGCCAAAGAAUUCGUGAGACUUUCGGGAAUGCGCUUUUCUUCUCGCCAUUUCACGUUCGCGUGGCCUUCCUACUCGGAAGAACUCGGAACACAACUCUGCAGACGGUAUUAUGGUUCGAGCACGCCACCUACAAUGACACGGUGAUGGGGGACUUCAUAGACAGUUACCACAACCUGUCACUCAAAGGUAUUAUGGGAUACAGUUGGGUCAGUCGGCACUGCUCUAAUUCAAAAUUCGUGGUGAAAAUUGACGACGACGUAGUCGUCAAUACUUAUAAACUUCUUUUUACUUAUUACACACAUAUGAACGGCAAACGCAAAUCAAUCUUCUGUAAUCUCUGGAAAAAAGACUCAAUGCCUAUCCAGCGAUCAGGCAAAUGGAAGAUUGAGUCUAAUAUGUUCCCAGAUAAGAACGCUUUUCCUUUUGAUUACUGCAGCGGUUUGUUUGUAGUCAUGACAACAGACUUGAUGGACGCCUUGUAUGUAGCAGCUAUUAGGACUCCGAUAUUUUGGAUAGAUGAUAUUUAUUUGUUCGGCAUGUUACCUUACGUGGUUGGCGGUGUGACCUACUACAACUACGCUCUGGACAAAUAUAUCACGCUUAAAGACCAGAGUGCUAUUGAGUGUAUCAGAACUCAGGGCCCAAAAUGUCCCCUAGUCGCCAUACUCAGUUCAGAUUCCAACUUUAUGGACAUUUGGUCACUGAUUAAACAGACAUUUGAAUCUGAGUCUAUUCAAGUAGAAAAUAAAGUCGUUAUAUGAAAAGAAUAGUUGCAAGGCAUCCUAAAGUAAGUAAGGAAGUUGAUGGAACCAACGGAAAGAGUAGAGAUCAGUUCUCGUCUAAUGGUAGUGACUUCCAACAGGGAGGAGCACAGAACGUGUGCAUCCUUACAUAAACGUUAUCAAAUGACUCAGGGAAGUCAAGUGAAGUCAAGGGAAGUAGUAUCAGUCUUGCUAACGUUAGAUACAUUGUGAAGUGCACAUGACCACCUAAAGUGAAGAAUAACUAAACAAUUGAAUCAUUUUAUGUCAUUGUUCACAUGGUAUCUAUGGACAGUCCUACAAAUGUACCUAGGGACGUUACCUAAAAGCAUGACAUUCGUGAUGAACGGAAGUACUGCAAAGGUGAUACAAGUCUUACCUAUUAAUCGCUAAAUGUAGACCUCCAUAGAACUAUAUCGAAUGUUAACUGAAACUUUGUCGUAGGCUACUAUUUGUUAAUAUUUGUGAAUUUGAUAAUAAUAAUAAUCAGACUUGUCUUGGAGUAGGAAGAUUAACGAGGAAUGCAGUCCCAUGGCGACACAGCUCCAGCUGUGAAUUGGAUACGUUUUAAAAUAAACAUAUGAACAGGCUUCUAUAUAAUGUACGUCAUUGUCAAGGAAACAGUUGUGUUUCAUACAUCUUUCCGUAUUCUUUAGAUAUAUACACAACGAUGAUUAGCUUUCUUAGCUGUCCGCUAUCAUCGAGGUUCAGAUUCAAAGCCCUCGCUCUAAUAGUGACUACUAGGAUAUGGCCGGAUAGCAAAAAAGAAGAUAUCAGGCCGACCCCCGACCAUAACUACAUGCCCAGUUAAUAGCUGAAGAUUUUGUAAAACUUCUAAAUAGUAAACCUAUGAUACAUUUCUAUUACAAAGCUUUGCCUGUCUAUGUAAACGAUAUUUCUCACACACCCAAUGUCGGAUCAAGUUAAAAUUUUGAACAAUUAUUUCUUGUACCUGACAAAACAAUAAUCAAUUAGAAAAAAAAACCAAUGAGCUAAUUAACUAUUUAUAAUUAAAUAUUCUGUUUGAUAUCAAAUAGAAAAGUGUUAAAUAAAUGUCAGCCAUCACUCCUGGAUAAUGUAUUGCGCAUUUAUAAUGUUAAGUUUCAUUUCAAUUUUUCUUUUUAAUAAGAUGUUAGGUGUAUAUUCAUAGAAUUGAAACACAUUAUUUAAAAAAAAAUAAACGUCUAUCUCUCAUUAUAGUUGUGAUAUGACUGACCCACUGUCUUGUGUAUAUAUGUAUAUAUCAUUUCAUUGUAUUCAUUGGGUUUUUUAACUGCAUUUAUUUCAUUUGGCUACCUUGAUUUCACACUAACUAUGCAUCAAUAGAACUAAUAGUGUUAUAAUGAUAUUAAAAUUUUUAAUGUCAAGAAAAUUUAAAAGUAAAUAUUAUGUUUCUUAAGUUAAUAUAAGUAGUUAAUGUACAUCAUUUUUGUCUGCAUAUUGUUUACAUUUUUCUUCCAAGGUCCUUGUUUAAUUGAAAAGACUUUUUUUUAUUAAUAAAAAUAAAAUGCAGGAAGAAAGUGCAAUUCUAAGCAACUUGAAGUGACAGUCUAAAUUACCUGACAGUCUAAAUUACCUGACAGUCUAAAUUACCUGUUUUCUUUCUCAUCAAAAUGUUACAGAGUUAAAACACUGAGAGGCAAUAAAUAAAUGUAUUAAUGACAACGAAAUAUUGUAUCUGAAUUUGAUGGUAACAUAAAGUGAAUACAAUUAUAUUCUAUA